GCGCCUUGGCAGACGGCGCCCCGGGGCCCAGCGCGCGCCCUGCGAGCUUGCGCUGUGUCCUCAUUUCACUGGUGAGGAGACGUAGGCAGAGAGGCGAAGACACUUGUCCAAGGUCACGCAGCUGGUAAGUGGGAGCGCCCAGCAUGGGGCCCAGCACCGUCCCGCUGCAGAGCUUGCGUUCCGCCCACCCCGCCGCCGCCUCCUGCGAGAGGGGGAGGUGGUCGGCAGGGCGCGAAGCCGGGACCACCGGGGCUCCAGGCUGGGUGCGACCACUAACCCUGUGAAUGACCUCGGGCUUUAACCUCUUGGUCGCUCCGGGCCUUGUUUCUCCACCUGUGAAAUGAGGUAAUGCCAGCCCUGCUACUACUCAUCAGCGUGCAUGGAGCGUCGAAGGAGAUAUGUAUGUGAAAUGUGAAUAGAGCUGCACCGAGCACACUUAAAGAAGGUCUCCAUCACCCACCUCCAUGCUUCGAAUCCUGCUGUCUGCCCAGACUUCCCCUGCUCGGCUGUCUGGUCUGCUGCUCAUCCCGCCAGUACAGCCCUGUUAUUUGGGGUCCAGCAAGUCGGGGGACCGGCCUUUUGGAGGAGGCCCUGUGCAAGGCCUUCAACGGCUUCUGGAACAGGCACGGAGCCCUGGGGAGCUGCUGCGAUGGCUGAGUCAGAACCCCACCAAGGUGCGAGCUCAUCACUACCCUGUGGCACUUCGUCGCCUGGGACAGCUCUUGGUGUCUCAGCCUAGGCCCCCUCCUGUGGAGCAGGCCACACUGCAGGACUUGAGUCAGCUCAUCAUCCGAACCUGCCCCUCCUUUGACGUUCACACCAUCCAUGUGUGUCUACACCUUGCAGUCUUACUUGGCUUUCCAUCAGAUGGACCACUCCUGUGUGCCCUGGAGCGGGAGCGAAGGUCCCGCCUCCCUCCAAAACCACCCUCCCCACAUCAGCCUGCUGUCCAUGGUGGGCAAAGGUUGGAAACGGCCCUGAGCUGCCCCCAUUUCCUGCGGUACCCUCGUCAGCAUCUGAUCAGAAGCCUGGCAGAGGCAAAGCCAGAAGAAUUGACUCCCCAUGUAAUGGUGCUUCUGGCUCAGCACCUGGCCCGGCACCGGUUGAGGGAACCCCAGCUUCUGGAAGCCAUUGCUCACUUUCUGGUGGUUGAGGAAGCCCAGCUCAAUAGCAAGGUGGUACAGAAGCUGGUCCUGCCCUUUGGGAGGCUGAACUACCUGCCCCUGGAGCAGCAGUUCAUGCCCUGUGUCGAGAGGAUCCUGGCCCGGGAAGCUGGGGUGGCGCCGCUGGCCACAGUCAACAUCUUGAUGUCACUGUGCCAGCUGCAGUGUUUGCCCUCCAGAGCCUUGCAGUUCGUCUUCUCCCCCAGCUUCAUCAACCACAUCAGUGGCACCCCUCCUUCUCUGAUUGUGCGACGCUACGUCUGCUGGCUCCAGGCCCUUCCAGGUCUGGGCUUGCAGGCUCGAGGUGGAGGAGUUGAGGGACUCGGUUGGCCCGCACCAGGUGCCCAGAGGCCGGAGGUCCGUGCGCCCCGGCCGCGGCCCCGGCCCGGGCCCAGCCCCGCGUCCCUCGCCAUGGGCCUGGCCUUCGCCUGUGGGCCCUGA